AUGGCGCCACCGCCGACCGCCGCGUGGGCGGCGUCGGCGGAUCCGGUAGAUGCGGAGUCUCUGGAGGUACGGUGCGCGGGGUGCGGCGAGACGCUGGAGGUGGAGCGGGGCCUGACGGAGUUCAUCUGCCCGGACUGCGCCACGCCGCAGUCGCUUCCCCCCGAGCUCAUGCCGCCGCCGCCGCCCCGCCGGAAGGCGCUUCCACUGCCCCGCGGCGCCGCCGACGUGCGUGGCGCGCGGCUCCCCUGCGGCGCGUGCGGCGCGCUCCUCAGCGUGCCCGUCGGGAUGACGCGCUGCGCCUGCCCGCUCUGCGGCGCCGAGCUCGCCGUCGACACCGCGAGGCUCAGGCACUACCUCCUUUCCUCCGCCGCGUCGGCGGAUGCCGUCCCCGUUGUGCCGCUCGGCGCCUCGUCUUCGGAGCCUCCCAUCCUCAAAGUCCGGCAGGCACAUACAGAGCAUGCUGACCAGUUUAUUCCAGAGCCGCCAGAAUCAGAGCAUCCUGAUUACACGAUUGAUGGAGAAGAGGUACAUGGGGUCCCCGAUGACACUGCAAGGUAUCAGGACCAGAGGAACAUAUAUCCAGGCAGCUCCAGAAUUGUUUCUGCAGAAAAGAGACAUGGAGAGCCUAUAUCUCAGGUCAGGCACCAGGCUCAAGAUCUUACUUCCAGCCAUGCUAUUCGUGCAAAGCAGUCAUAUCAACAGAAUCCGGAUCGAGUUACUGAGGCACUGCAAAAUCCUGUUAAUUCUGCACUUUUUAGCGAAUCAGGGCAUGUUGCAGAUAUUAACGAUACUACCUCAACGGAUAUAAAUAGGACAGUUGGGCAAUCCAUUUGCCCCAGAACUGUAAGUGUCGAGAGGGGAAUCAUGCAGACUGCCCAACAGAUUACGCAUAAGUCACAGAAACAGCAUUCUUGUUACGUGACAUCUCUUGAGCUUGCUCAGGCAGGAUCAGCAAAUGGGACAAUUCAUGUUCAGGAAAAGCAACAAAAAUCUGGAAGGAAAACAAACCACAGAGAAGGGGCAUGCACUCAACUGGUUCAUGAGACUAUUGCAGGCAAUGACAACAGGGGCAGGAGGCAGUUGAUUGGCCUCGAUGUUAUGGGUUCAGAGAGGAGACAAGAGCAGACAACAAAUGGUGCCACUCAAGAGGUGCGAAGCGAACAUUCUGAAUCUGUGAUUCGCAGGGAAAUGGGUAAUCAAGUAACACACGUGGAAUCGGAACAGCCAGGAAGCCACAGAGUUCACGCAGGGAAACGAAAAGGCUUGGUUGCUGCUUCAAAUUCAGUUCUUCAGCUUAGGCGUAGCAAACGUUUGGCAAGAGAUUCAUCUGCUGCCACAGACAGACAACUUGUCAUGGACACUGAAGUAAUUCAUAGGCAAAAUGUUGGAUGUCAAGCUGUUUCUCCAAAUGGCCUCAUGCCAACGGCCAGUAUAGAUGCUGAACAAACAGAAAGUGAGCCUGAUGAACAGUCUCCAGUACGUUCGUCUGAUCUGUCAGAUACUAAUAGAAUCAUCGACAAUUUAUGUAACAGUUCAGUGCCUUCACCUGAGUUUCUUCAAACAUGCUCUAAUGAAUCGGAGAACCUUCAUAUAACUACGCUACCUUCUCCAAACCAUGACAUGUCGGAUGCUGAGCAUUUUUCUUCAAACCUCGACAUGGCUGAUCCUGAGGAUUUUGCUCGUACCUAUAUUCCUUUAGAUGUUAAAAGGGCCCUCGCAAAGCAAGAUUCCAAGUCAUCCCCUCAUCAUAUGACGUCCCAGCAAAGUUCUGGUGAGGCAUACCUGCGAGAUUCAAUGGAUUCAGAAGGGCAGGAAGUGCAGCUAGCAUCUCAGAGAAAAGGUAGACGUCCUCGUGGUUUAACACUAUGUCUGAAGGUGUGGACCAUGCAUAAGGGCAUGCACAUACCAGUUUCAUUGAACUCUUCAGGUCAGCCUAUUGGAAAAGAAGCAGCCACAUUGACUUCCUUUCUGGGUGCAUUAGCACGGGAUGGAAUACUGGCACCUCUUACAUACCAUAAUUGGAAACUUGUUCCUGAGAAAAAUAAGGAUGUGAUGUGUCAUAUUGUCAAGCUCAAAUUUGACAUUGCUCCAUUUCCAAAGUCAUGGAUUGUGAAGAGUUUAGCAAAGAAGUGGAGGACAUGGAAAUUUCAAUUAAAACAACAGCAUUUUGAUACUCAUGAAACAGAAGAGGAGCGCCUUGCCGAUCGGAAUCCUCGUGUCCUCGAAGAACAUUGGCGAUUCUUAGUUGCAUAUUGGAGUACUGAAAAAGCACAGGCUUUAAGUGCUCAAAACAAGGCUAUUCAGGCAAAAGUAACCACUUAUCAGACCUCAGGGACGAAGAGCUUUGCACGUAGAAUUGAAGAGGAGAAACAAAAAUGGCCAAAUAAGGAUGAGCCAACUGUUGAGGACUUGUUCAUAUUGACUCACACACCCAAGGAUGGGAGGCCUGUGACGAAGGCUGCAGCUGAUGCCAUUGCACGGCGACUCCAUGAAUUACGUCAAAAGCAAUCAGAAGGCCCAAAGCGCCGACGGGGGAAGGCCGCCUUGAAGGCAUCUUUGGACGAAGCCAUGGAGGCUAAGAGAAAGGCUGAAGACGAGGCAGCUGCAUUGAGGGAGAAGUUGAUUGCUAUGGAAGAAAGUCAGAAAAAGCUGCAGGAGGCUAUAGCCAUCAAGAAGAGUGCAGGCAACCUGAGGAACAAGACUUCACGGACCCGAAGGAAUUAG